GCAUUUGUCUGGAUAUAGACUAAUUAAAUAAAGCGAUCAGCUGAAAAUGAAAGCAUGUCCGUUGUUUCUCAAAACAAUAUUUUUCCCGAAAUUAAGUUUUUAGCUGAUUACUAACAUACUCCUAUAUAACCAUGCCGUUAUAAACAAGUCUAGCAUUUACUGACGGAAGAUUUCCAAGAAUGGAACAAGAGGAAUGAAUAUUUGACUCGAGAAAUAGAUUCGGAUCGCCGACGCAUUACCGGACCCGUUUUGUGCUGAACACUGACCCGAGGCUACCCGCGACGCGUCUACGGCAAGUGCGUGUGGGAGACUUUGUUUUGCAAUCGGGAGCUUCAACAAAACAAACAACAUGCUGCGGACAACAUGGAUUGCAAUGCUGUUGGGUUUCUGGUCGUCAUUGUACCUUGCUGAUACAUAUUUAAAGACUCACAGACGAUGCGGAGAGCAGUAUACCUCAUUCCAGGAGCGUUGCGGAUUGUCCUUGUCCAUAGCCCAGCUGAAAUGCUACACCACAAAGUUCAACCGUCUAUUCAUCAGAUUAGGCCAGUGUAAACCUCGUCUACUUCGAACUUGGUUUUCUUGCGGUGCCUGCUUUGGGGUGGUGUUGAUGUUUGUUUCCAUAGCUCUGCUCCUAAUGACCUUGGUGAAAGCUUUCUCUCAAGAUAAACCAGAACAAGUCCUCACACCAGUGAUGCCAGGUGUGAAUCUACCCUUGAACCAGAUCACCUAUUUCUUUGCCGUUCUUCUGAUCAGUGGCAUCAUACAUGAGCUGGGCCAUGCUAUAGCUGCUGUCAGGGAGAAUGUCCGGGUGAAUGGCUUUGGUGUGUUUGUGAUGUUAAUCUAUCCUGGUGCCUUUGUCGAUCUCCACACCGAGCAUCUUCAAGCACUCAAUGCCAUCGGUCAGCUUAGGAUAUACUGUGCAGGGGUCUGGCAUAACUUCUUACUGGUCAUCUGGGGUGUGGUCAUCUUAAUGACCAUGCCUUACCUUCUAAGCCCUCUCUACCUGACCGGUAAUGGUGUGGUCAUUACAGAGGUCUUACCAAAUUCUCCAGUUUAUGGUAGGAGGGGUCUUGCACCCGGCUAUCAGGUGACCAGUAUUAACGGUUGUCCAGUCUAUAAUACAGAGACAUGGACACAGUGUCUGAGAGGUGUAGUCUUUUAUCCAGUCUUUGGUCAUUGUAUGCCUGCGGGCAAGGCACAACAGCUCAACAAAGCAGUUAAAUUAUAUAAGGGAUCAGGAGGGGAAAUAGAAUGCUGUAGGAAUGAUAGUGUGGCAGAACUGUGCUUCUCGUAUAGACUGGGCGAAGAGGCUGAAAAACCAGAAAAGAUGUACGCUUGUUUAGAAGCAAGGCCAGUGAUAGAGCUACCUCGAUGUCAUAAAGCCAGUGAUUGCCUUCAGACCAGAAAGAUGGUCUGCUUACAUCCAUCCUUAGAUAACUCUAGUCGUCUUCUAAGAGUAGCUCAUAACUCGGGUCCUCCUGUACUCUAUGUAGGAGAUCCAUACUUCUUCAGCUAUACAGUGAGGAUCAGCAGUUAUGUUCCCAAGUAUGAUUGGCUUCCUCUUACUCUGCCUGAGGUCAUAGAAAUGUUCUGCAAAUAUUUAAUCUCCUUGUCUGGUGCUUUAGCAAUCCUCAACGCAAUGCCUUGCUAUGCUUUAGAUGGACAAUGGAUUCUAAUGGCAGCCAUAGAGCACUUCUUACCAGGUUGGAUACCAAGCCCAUCUGAUCGUAACGUCAUCUACAGUCUUAUUAUGAUCUUCGGUACCAUUAUCCUCAUCGCUAACGUCGUUCUUGCCAUGUUUACGUUGGUUGCUAGGUAGCAGAGGGACUCAUGGGAUUGGGCGGGAUUUUUUUUGUAUUUUAUGAUGAAUGUUUUCAUAGUUUUAUACAGCUUUUAUAAAUGUGAAGACAAUGAAUAUUCCAAGUAUUAAAUAAUGUAGGAAUGCAGUUAUUUCUGUACGAGAUCAAAUUAUUUUAUAUUUUGUUGAUGACAGUCAAUGCAUAAUUGCAUGCAGGCUUCCAUUAAAUGUUUUUAGAACUGAAAUCAACUUGGCAGAGUCUCAUGAAAAUGUUGAGCACGUUCCAUAGGGGUUUCUGCUUUAACUUUCUGCUUUGAUAUUUGUUGCUGUUUUGUUAUAUGACACCCUGUAAAUCAUUUCCAAUUCUUGAUUAUCUGGCAAAAACCCGUAAUUCAUCAGCAAAAACAUAUAAUUUUUCAGCAAAAACUCAUAAUUUAUCUGUGAACACCAGUAAUUUUCAGCGAAACAACAGAAUUUAUUGGGGAAAAUGAUUUUUUGGGGUGAAGACAAAAUAUCGGCGAAAUAAUUCUAACUAGUACCUGACAUGGACUUGAUUUGGUUGUUUUUAUACAAUUUAAGAAUGUUUUUUAUUCAUGUAGAAAAGGUACACUGGUCUGUCGUGUACUGGAUUGUGUGCUUGACAAAUACUCAAUUAUCAUGGGUGGGGGGUCACCCACUUUCUGCCCCUGUUGAGAAUGAUACACAUACUAAAAUCAUUGAAAGUUAUCUUGGGCAUUUGGCCCAAUGGAUGAAAUUCUUCACCAAACCUAGCAACGACCACGAACCAUGCAUUCAUCUUUUGUCUUAGAGGUAUGCAUGACAUGUGAGUUGGUCUAGCUAACAGGUCAUUGUCUGACCUAGCAACAGUCAUGAAUCAUGCAUUCAUUGAGGCUUAGUGUCUCACCAUUAUUAGACAAAUUCCUGAAGGUGAUAAACAUAUUUAUCAUUCUGCAUUUGCUUUUAGUACUUUUAGAAGACAGAAUGGAAGAAUGUUAACAAUUGAAAUUCAAAGAACCAGAGGGUAGCUUUUAGCUAUUGUAGGACUAACAUUUGAAUACCCUUUUUUGUCACUAGUCAUGAAUUCAAGUCUUGAGAAGAGAUUUGUAAUGAAUUCUUAAUUUGUAUUCAUGAAUGCAUGAUGAAAGAUUCUCACCUCCUCUCUGCCUAUUGGAUAAUAUCACUAAUGUCUAUUGUCAAACAUCAUGUUUAUGCAUAAGAUUUGGAAGUUAAACCAUGGCGUGGUGGUUUCUUCCCUAACCAUCAAAAAGUUUGCUUAUCAUUUGCUGGGGUAUAUAGGAAAGGCCUUGCUUGCUCAUAGACUGGAGGCAGUGAGCAAGCAAGGCCAGUGUACAGUGAUACAUAUAACGGAACAUGUGACUACAUGAUGAUGUGACCACAUCAACAUACCAAUAAACAUGCACAACACAAGACUUUACAACAUACCAUAACCCUCAGCUAACCUUUAUGCUGUAUGCUGGCCUUGUUUAUUAUCUAUUAUGUCAGCCUUUUUUCAGCUGGCAUGAAUAGGUGAUGCUAGUGGGCUGCGUUUUCAACUAAAACAGAAUUUAUGCUAAUUAGAUUUGAAUCAAGUGUUCAGUGUAUACUUAGAUAGAUCUAUGAGUUUUUGUAUUGCCUGUUAAAGUUGAUUGAAAUGUCAUCAUAACUUAACUUCUAAUGGUGUGUCACUGGUUUUCUGGCAUGUUUUUUAGGUUACAAGGUCAAAUUUGACCAUGUUGUGGUAGCAAUAUCAAACUCAAAUAUUUAAGUACCAUGUAAAGGUUUAUAUUUUUUUUCAACAAGUUUGUUGAUGAAAUUAAUGUUAAUUAAUGAAUGAGAUGGUUAUUGGAUAUUACAAAUGAAAUAAAUUUCUUAAUCAAGGCCAAGUGUCAUUUGA